AUGUGGACUCCGACUGGAGCCACGCCAGUGACAGCCGAUUCCCAGCAAGAUGAAGAAGCGCUCCUCGAGGCGGCCAACGUUGUCGUUCAAUUGACGGAGAACUUUAGGCAUGUAACCUUCUCAUAUGGAAAGGAAAAGUCUAUUCACGUGUGGUUUGUUAGAUUGAACCCUGAUCUGGGAGAAUUCGUGUCCACCAUUUACUCUCGUCAAUUCAAACCGCAGAAAGUUCAGGCUAGAAGGCUCGCAUUGGUCCUACAAGAAAUUCCACAAAUGGAUGCAACACAGACAGGAGUUGACCGGUCCAUUCUGAUCAAAGUUCGAGAUUUCCUCCUCGGCCUUUCAAAAGUCAUGCUCCGUGUCCCCCAGAACAUCCUUCGAACCCCGCGACGUCGACUCGAGGACACCUUCAAAGCCACUACUACUGCAUCGGGAACAGACAAGAAACUAGGUCUGGAUCUCGGUCACUAUCCCGUUUCGCUCUCGCUGGUGCGGCUCAAAACAUUGUCAUCCCGAUCUGAUCAGUUCGGCUACGAAACACACGUACAUGGGGAAGCAGCUGUUGCCGCAGCUUUGAUUGCCUGUAUCCGUUAUUGUUGUCCAGAAGACGAUAUCUUCGUUGCGACCCCGCAUCGAAUUCAACGGGAAGCAGUCAAAGCUGCACUUGUGCGGAUGAAGUCUGCUAACGCUCAGCGGAAGCGAGACUCAUUAGACUAUGCCUUUGCUCGGAUGAGUAUUGGACAGGAGCCAAUGUACAACAUUACAGUGGACACCAUUGAACGUCUACAGGGUUCAGAAGCAUCCUUCGUCAUCUGUCUCUUCUCUUUACCCGACUCCCAUACUAAUGAUUUGGGCUUCUUGCUCGAACGCCGCCGUUUGAACGUGGCCAUCAGUAGAGCCAAGACGUUGUGCGUGUUGGUGGCUUCUCCGCAGGUUCUUUCCCCACCUGUGACAGUGUUUGCGAACGAGCAGACGGCGAAAGGGUUUGCGUUUUUGAAGGCGUAUGAGGAGAGAGCAUGGUCAUAUGAUAUCUCUGUGAAUGUGGAUACUAUCAACGUUCCGUAA